GGUGCUGUCCAUGGUGCUGGACUUUGAGAAAAUUGAUUAUAAUAAGCAUGAUACUCCCUUGUUAAUUAUGCACCGCUAAAUGACAUUCUACAUGUGUCAAUUUCAAUCCUUCUUAUCUACCCUUGUUGUGUCAGACUGGCAGACAGCACCGUGCCAAUGGAUACAGGCUGGUGACAAGUAUUAUUUUUAGACCUGGCAAAAAAAAUAUUUUAAAAGAAGUGGGCGUCUUUUCUGCUGAUACUGCUGCAACUGAAUAUGACGUCUAUAGGUAGCCUACACACCCUGGGUCAGGAUACACUUUUCCCCCACAAAAAAUAGUUUUACAGCUAUAGUUAUUGGUCCUGUACUUAGUGUCAACUGUCAAGGGAUGACACAUUUUGAAACCCUGGAUGCCGUUCUUUCUAUUUCAAGAUUACGCUGAGCACAAAAUCUCUGAGCAAGUUCUCCAACUUGGAAUGUCAUCAACGUUGCUCUGCGGAGUGCCGAUAAGAAGCCAUUGAAAAUAGAUGAGAAGAACCUGCUACAAUGGAUACAAUGGAAACGGUGGAAUGUAUCAGGAUAGAUCCAGAUACUCUGACAAUGCUAGAGGAUGAUGUGGACAUCACAGAGGGAGUCUGCCAAAUCAAUGACGAGGUUGAGGAUCUCCGCAACAGUUUGCGGUUGGCGGUUCAGGAUGAGGCGGUGCGUCCCAAGAUGCAGUGCUUAAUGAUGGACCCCUCAUUCUCCAUGGUUACCGUGCAGGGCGAGGACAGCGGCAUCCAAUGGGAGACCAGCUCCAGCCGCUGCUCCACCCCUUGGGGUUCCGAAGCCGAACCCACCCCUACCAUCGCCUCGGAAUUCUGCUUUCCCAUUAAUGAAAGGUCUGUUUCACCUGGAUUAGGAUCUGGAACAGCAGGUAAAAUAACCUUUGUCAUGGAUGAGGCAAUGAUGGUGAGGAGGCCAAGGAUGAAAAUAAAUUGUGGAGGAGGACGCAGGAGCCGGGCUGACAGACGGGGACAGACUCCUCUGCCCACAGGUGAUGACUUAGGUGAGUUGGUUGAGAAGCCAGAGCUAGUGGAGGUCUCCCUGCCCAAUGUGAGGGCAGAGGGAGAUGGGGAGGAGGAGGAAACGACAGAUCCCAAAGAGGAGAAGAAGCAGAGUUUGUUCCGCCUGGUGUCAGAAGGCUCAGAGAUCCUGAACAUCAUGGUUCCUCCCAGGCUGGUGAGCAUUGACGAGGAGGAGAGCCAAGUCAUGGUGGACAACCUGUCUUACCUGGAGGAAUCCACCUUCACCAAACCCAGUAACGAAAUCAUAGAAGAGGUUUUUGAGGAGGACACCGCACCAUCAGUGGGGGGUGGAGAUCAAACGGUGGAACACACUGACUCCUCCCAUCUCACCAGGCCUGAUCAGACUGACCCUCCUGGGGCUCCGGUGGCAAAGCAGCCCAGACGAGGAGCCACCAGUGACAUGGACUACUUUGAGACAUUUACUCAGAUGGAUGAGCCUGCUCCAGGAGGCCCCACCAUGAUUGAAGAAGGACAGAAGGAGGAGGAAGCAGACUGUGGAGAGGAAAACCAGCAGGUGAGUGAGGAGCCGGAACAGCUCCAAGAUGCCGCACCUGUGACCGAAGACCUGGGAGGUUCCAGCACAGGCGUUAGCGGAGAAGAAAUCUCCAGUGACCAUCUAGAUGAGGUGUUCUACGGCGGUAUGGACAAUAUGCCUUCUAAGAACUAUCUGGAAGUAGAGGAGGGCGCAGUAGACAAGUCACCCAAGUCCCCUCUGAAGGAGAGUGGAUCGGCCCUCUUCGGCAGCGAGGAAACCGUCCUCACCCCCAUCUUCCUCCCCUCGGGACCCCCCAAAAUCAUCAACCCCACUCUGCUAGAAGAGCCUACGGCCAUGGCCUUCCUUUACACAGACCUGUAUGAAGAGGCGGUGGGCAGCAGGGAAGGAGUGAAGGAGGAAGACACUGAGAGUAUGACCUCCGAAAGGUCCUUCCACAGCAGACACUCAGACCGGGAGGCCAGGGGGUACUUGGAGAAGUUUGUCCUGAAGGACGAGACUCCCAUGGUGGAGCUGGAAGGGGAACCAGCAGUAGAGGAAGGCUUCAGAACUUGGGCACAGGAACUGUACACGCUGGACAGCUUUCUCUCCCACCCUGAUGAUAGAGAGAUAGAAGGGGAGAUCCAGGAGUCUGAGCAUGACAUGACAGAUUUUUUCCGGACGAACGCCAGUUCCUCUCCAUCUGAUGAUCGGUACAUCCCAUCACUGGAUAAAGAAAAGAACCAUGCAGAACGUGUGAAGGAGGACAAACAUGUUAAGGCAGACAAUGUUUUAAAGACGGUGCAGGAAGCACCUCAGCUUCAAGUGGUUAAAGAAGGGAAAACCACAGAGGAGGAGAACAAGAGUCAGGGCGUUGUCACAGAUUUAAAUGAUCCACCACUUUCUGACCCAGAGUCUUUCUCUGAGAGGGCUGGUGGGGGGAGUGUCACUGAGCCCCCCACAGACAAAGACCUCUCAUACAAACAUGAUGCUCCCACAGUGGAACUACAAAAACUCCCACCUCUGAGUGACAGUGGCACAAAUCAGGAAGCUCCAAAGCCAGUAGCCCCCCCUAGAAGGAAGCCAGCUGCACCUCACAAGAGCUCUCUGAAACUAGCGCCACUGGCUCGAGCCCAGACCCCAGUUGAGAUCCUAGAGGGAGGAGGAGAUAGAGGGAAGGAAGAGAGGGAGGAGGAGAAAGAGAAGGCUUCACCAGCUGAGACUGCUGAUGAAGGAGAGGGGGAUGGAGAGACAGGACAGAGGGAGGAGGAGAAAGAUAUGACAACACCAGUUGACGGCUCAUCCUCAUUUUACCAAUCCCAGAUUAUGCUGCUCUCAAGUAUAGCUACUGAACCAGUAAAAGCAGAGGAUAAAAAGACUGAAUUGGCUGAAGAAAACACAGAACCACCUCAGGCUGAGGAGAGUGACAGCCCCAAGCCAGAGGCUGACCCGGUAUUGACAGGACAGGACAGUAAAACAGAACCAGCUAAAGGAGAGGCUGAACCAGCCGAGUCAGCCAAGCUAGAAGUUGAACCUACAACAGGACCUAGCCAGACCACUCCUUCCGUUCCUGCCCCAGUGAAUGACCCAGCCAAAGGCGGAUGCAUCAUCCUUUAGCAUUAUUGGCUUUAUGCUGCAGCAAUUUGAAAUUGAGAGGUCAAAUGAUGAAUUGAAGUAAAAAUUACAGAACUUCAUAUUUUUUUCUCAACCUGGUCUCAGAGUAUUUUGUACUAUUCUGUACAUAAAUCCGAAACACUGCAUUUAGUAUGAUAUGUUAUGGGUCGCAUGGUAUGUAUUAAUUUGUGGAUGAUAUGUUACGAAUUACAAUUUGUAUUAUAUUUUAUGAAUUUGCAGAAUGUACAGUAUGUUACAAAUUUUCAAACUGUAUGAUAUGUAAUGAAUUCUAGCUAGGUGGCUAGUGGCUAACGUUAGCUAGCUGGCUAACAUUAGGUAGGCUAGGGGUUAGGGUUAAGUUUAGAAGUUCGGUUAAAGAGUUAAUGUUAGGGGAAGGAUUAGCUAAAAGGGUUAAGGUUGGGGAAGGGUUAGCUAAUAUGCUAAGUAGUUGCAAAGUAGCUAAAAGUACCAAGUAAUUGAAAAGUUGCUAAUGAAUUAAAUGCUAAAGUUGUCUGUGAUGUGAAAUUGCAACCAUUGGGUUGCUAGACAUUCAAGCCCACCGACCAUCCCAACUAACCAUCCUACUUUAAUUUUUCCUUAAGUAACCAUCUGUCUUAUGUAAACAACCAUCUGUCUUAUGUAAACAUACUAACAUACAUUAUUAUACUAAUUUUAGUGUCCUGGAUUUACAUUUACUAUGUUACGUCUAUCAGAUCAGGCUGUUUUUUCUGGAUAUUUAUUUUUAUGCAUACUUGCUUAUUUGACCAUUUUUAAACCGUAGCACAGUAGCACUUUUUGGUCUGGUUUCCCGGGCCCAGCCUAAACACUUUCAACUGAGAUUCUCUAUUAAGCAGUCAGUCAGACUCAUAGGUAACUGUUAGGUUAUUACCAUUUAACCAUUUCAUUUCUAAAUAAAUAUCUGAUCAUUUCUGAACUGUAAAAUAAAGUUCUACCCAUUUUCCUCUC